UAUGCCCUGUGCAGCAGUUGACCCUGUACAGUUUUCUGCUUCAAACAUCAGUGUAUCGGCAUCAGUGCUUCAGGACUGCAGCUUGGCUAGCCAGCCAGGAGGAGCAAUUACCACAUGGAUAGCCGAAAAUCCUCAACAUAUGAAGGAGAACUACAAUCUCUGGCAGAUGGCUUGGGAGCAAAGUCAAAGAAAAAGAAAGAAAAAGAAAUUCGGGUUGGAUUCUUCCAGUUGUUCCGCUAUGCUUCCACCAAAGACAUCAUUAUGAUGACAAUAGGAGCUGUGUGCUCUUUAGUCCACGGGUCAGCUCAGCCAUUAAUGCUUCUUGUCUAUGGUCUAAUGACUGACACGUUUGUAGCAUUUGAAAAUGCAAAUCAAGUGCUCCGGGAUAAGAAUAAAACCUGUGUAAAUGAUACAGUCAGUUGGAUCAAUGGCUCUGCAUUUGAAAUAGCAAACUCUACAGUGCGUUGUGGAAUAAACCUUGAAACAGAGAUGACACAAUUUGCGUACUACUACAUUGGCAUUGGAGCGGCAGUCCUGGUGCUCAGUUACUUUCAGAUUUCACUCUGGGUUAUUGCAGCAGCUCGGCAAAUCCAAAUUAUCCGGAAGGAAUAUUUCAGGAAAAUAAUGAGGCUAGAUAUUGGCUGGUUUGACUGCAAUUCGGUUGGAGAACUUAACACAAGAAUUUCAGAUGACAUCAAUAAAAUUAACAAUGCCAUUGCUGAUCAGGUAGCAGUCUUCAUUGAGCGGAUUUCCACGUUCAUCUUUGGAUUUCUGAUUGGAUUUGUUGGAAAUUGGAAACUGACUCUGGUUAUUGUGGCUGUGAGUCCUCUAAUUGGUUUAGGAGCAGCAUUAAUGGGUGUGGCUGUUGCAAGACUGACAGGCAGAGAGCUAAAAGCAUAUGCCAAAGCUGGAUCUGUGGCAGAUGAAGUACUUUCUUCUAUACGUACUGUGGCUGCCUUUGGUGGAGAGAAAAAAGAGUCUGAAAGGUAUGAUAACAACUUAGAGGAUGCCCAGGUCUGGGGUAUUAGGAAAGGAACAAUUAUUGGCUUGUUUCAGGGAUACAUGUGGUUCAUUAUAUUCCUGUGCUACGCUCUAGCAUUUUGGUAUGGAUCCAAGCUGGUAAUUGAUACUAAAGAGCUGACACCAGGAAGUCUCCUACAGGUGUUCUUUGGUGUUUUGGUUGGUGCCAUGAGUCUGGGUCAGGCCUCUCCGUGUUUGGAAGCUUUUGCCUCUGGCAGAGCAGCUGCAACAAUUAUAUAUGAGACAAUAGAAAAGACUCCAACAAUUGACUGCAUGUCCGAGGAAGGCCACAAACUAGACCAAGUAAAAGGUGUUAUUGAGUUCCAUAAUGUGAAUUUCCACUACCCAUCACGGCCAGAAGUAAAGAUUUUGAGUGAUCUGAAUAUUAGUAUUAAGCCGGGAGAGACUACAGCUUUUGUUGGACCCAGUGGUUCUGGGAAAAGUUCUGCAGUGCAACUCAUACAAAGGUUCUAUAACCCUACUGAUGGAAAGGUCACUUUAGAUGGCCACGAUAUCCGUACUCUGAAUAUUCCGUGGCUUCGCUCCUUGAUUGGAAUCGUUGAACAGGAACCAGUUUUAUUCGCUACAACAAUAGCUGAAAACAUCAAAUACGGAAGAGACGGGGUCACUAUGGAUGACAUUAUCACAGCAGCAAAGGAAGCUAAUGCCUACAACUUCAUCAUGGAUUUACCACAGCAAUUUAACACCCUUGUCGGAGAAGGUGGUGGGCAGAUGAGUGGAGGACAGAAGCAGAGAAUUGCAAUUGCUCGGGCUCUGAUCAGAAAUCCCAGAAUCCUCCUCCUUGAUAUGGCCACAUCUGCUCUGGAUAAUGAAAGUGAAUCUGUUGUGCAGGAAGCUCUUAAUAAGGUACGCAGUGGAAGAACAACCAUCUCCAUAGCUCAUCGCCUCUCCACGGUUCGGAAUGCUGAUAUAAUUGUGGGAUUUGAUGGUGGAAGAGCAGUAGAGAUGGGGACUCAUGAAGAACUGCUGAAAAUCAAGGGUGUUUACUUCACAUUAGUCACACUACAGAACCAAAAUAACACAACAGAAAAAGCUGCAGCUGCAGACACUGCUAUAAAGAGGACUAGGACAUUAAGCCAAGGAAGUUACCAUUCAAGUUUCAGGAACACCCUACGGCUUCGUUCAAAAUCCCAACUUUCCAAUUUAUUUCCUGAUGCCUUAUCUGGUACCGUGAAUGGGUCAUCUGCUAUGCUAGCCAAUGACAUCGAAGAGAAGGAACAAUUCGAUCAAUCAAAGACCCAAAAGAAAAAUAAGAAGAAAAGCAAAAAACAAAAGGGAUCUGUUGUCAUGAGAAUAUUGAAGUACAAUGCUCCAGAAUGGCCGUAUCUUGUAUUGGGGUCUGUCGGAGCUGCACUUAAUGGGACACUGACUCCACUGUAUGCACUUUUGUUCAGUCAGUUACUAGGGACUUUUGCACUACCAGAUCAAGCUGAGCAAAUUAGACAAAUUAAUGGGAUCUGCCUUCUCUUUGUCGUAAUCGCAGCUGUGUCAUUUGUUACCCAGUUCUUACAGGGCUUUGCCUUUGCUAAAUCUGGAGAGCUCCUGACUCGCAGGUUGAGAAGAAUCGGGUUCCAGUCUAUGCUUGGCCAAGAAAUUGGAUGGUUUGAUGAUGCCAAAAACAGCCCAGGAGCUCUGACCACCAGACUUGCCACAGAUGCAUCUCAAGUUCAAGGGGCCACAGGUGCCCAGAUUGGAAUGAUCGUUAAUUCGCUGACAAAUAUUGGUGCAUCCCUUAUUAUUUCGUUUUACUUCAGCUGGAAGCUGAGUCUGGUUGUUUUGUGUUUCCUUCCCCUAAUUGGAUUAUCUGGACUAUUUCAAGCUAAAAUGCUUACAGGAUUUGCCAAUCAGGACAAGCAGGCAUUGGAAGAAGCUGGAAAGGUCUCCAGUGAAGCAAUUGGCAACAUUCGAACAGUUGCAGGAUUGGGAAAGGAAAAUAUGUUUGUAGAGUUAUAUGAGAAACAACUGGUAUUACCACGCACGGCAGCCGAGAAAAAGGCUCACGUGUAUGGGGCAUGUUUCGGAUUUGCUCAGUGUGUCAUUUUUAUGGCAUAUGCAGCCUCAUUCAGAUUUGGUGGCUUUUUAGUCAACACAGACGGGAUAAACUACCUUGUGGUUUUCAGAGUCAUAUCUGCCAUAGUAACAAGUGGCACUGCCCUGGGAAGAGCGUCUUCCUUCACUCCUGAUUAUGCCAAAGCAAAAAUUGCAGCUGCUCAAUUUUUCAAAUUAUUGGACCGCAUCCCUAAAUCCAGUGUUUACAGCACAAAUGGAGACAAAUGGGACAAUUUCAAAGGGGACAUUCAGUUUGUGGACUGCAAAUUCACGUAUCCCAGUCGUCCAGUCACCAUGGUCUUGCAGGGUCUGUCCGUUGCUGUGAAUUCUGGUCAGACUCUUGCUUUUGUUGGAAGCAGCGGUUGUGGAAAAAGUACAUGUGUCCAAUUACUGGAGAGAUUCUAUGACCCUGAUGAGGGUAAAGUUCUUGUGGAUGGUCACAUAACCUCCAGUGUGAACAUAGCAUUUUUAAGAAGCAAGAUCGGCAUAGUGUCCCAGGAGCCUGUGUUAUUUGAGGGCAGCAUUGCUGAUAACAUCAAGUAUGGUGAUAACGCUCGGGACAUAUCAAUGGAGGAAGUGAUCACGGCUGCAAAGAAGGCACACUUACAUGAGUUUGUCAUGUCCUUGCCAGAUAAAUAUGAAACUAAUGUUGGAAUACAAGGGUCCCAGCUCUCCCGUGGACAGAAACAGCGUAUUGCCAUAGCUAGGGCAAUUGUCAGAGAUCCUAAAAUAUUGCUUUUGGAUGAAGCUACGUCGGCCUUAGACACUGAGAGUGAAAAGACUGUGCAGGAUGCGCUGGAUGAAGCUAGACAAGGCCGUACCUGCAUUGCCAUCGCUCACCGCUUGUCCACCAUUCAAAACAGUGACAUCAUUGCUGUGAUGUCUCAGGGAGUCAUUAUAGAAAAGGGCAAUCAUGAAGAACUUAUGGCUCGGAAAGGUGCCUAUUAUAAACUAGUAAAGACUGGAGCACCGCUAAGUUAAAUACUAUCUGUGAUAUGUCCCAGCUGUAUCUCCAUGUAUUAUUUUUAAUUAUACUGUAUAUGACCACACAAGUAAGGUCUUUUUUUUGUUAUAACUGCAGUCUAUGCUAAUGUGCCUUUACUUCAUGAAAUUAUGUUUACUGAAAUGUAUGUACAAAACAAUACAAUUGAUAAUCUUUGUUUCCUUAGGCUGUGUACACACGGUGAGAUAUUUCUUUUGAUUUUGACUAUAUAGUCACAAUCAUAAGAAAAUAUAGUGUAUAUCGCACCGUGUGUAUAGUCCUCGCGAUGCCGAUGCGUGGUCCCGCGGGACGGUAUCGCAAGGAAAAAUAGAUUGUGCAGGCAGCCCAAAAUUGAGUAUAACGGUGGGGCUGGACCCCGGCCCCGUCGAACACAGCCGAAGACUAGUAGGAUAUCGCGCAACACAAAGAAAUUGUUUUGUGUACCACGGGGAAAAGUAGUUCUAAUAUGACUUCAAGAUUGUCUUUGUGUAUUAGUGUUUAUGCUUCAUGUCAUUGUAAGUUGUGCACAAUCAACCAGUAUACAUAUUUCCCCACUCUUUACAAUUGUCAAAUCUUGAAUUCAGACAUCCUGGACCUGAAAAUCAUGUCACCUGUAUUCUGCCUUUACAGUAGUUUCCCAGGUAGGAAGGUACUGGCUAGAAGUGGUUUCAAAAAUAUGACUCAACUACUGUACAGGCUAUCUGCUAUAUACACCAUAUUAUACAUUUUAUUUUGUGAGCUAAGGUAAGGUACAUGGGGGCUCAUUCUGAGAUGUAUGCAAACCGUUGGUUUAUGUACACUACUGAAGUUUACUGAACUGUUUGCAGUUAACUUCCUUUGUUGUCAGAUGCAGUGCCCACUAAGCCAGGCUGCAGCCAUUUGGCGGUGCUGUAGAUGUUCAACAGAGAUUGUUUUUGAAAAUGUGAAUAUGCCUAGGGCAUUGUCUGUGUCUUCCAACGCGGCUCCACUGGGCACAACUGCAUGAAAACACCAGCCAUCCUGAGUAACCUGUGGGUUGGUAACCGAUUUUCAUGCAGAGAGAUCCAAUGCUGCAUAUUUGGAAAAACAUAUUUACACAGGUGCCUCCUGCAGCAUUAGCAUAUUAUCGCACAUCAGCUGCAUCCAAAUGCGUAGCUGCUAUGCUACUAUGUCCAUCUCACAAUCAGGCCCAUAUUCAAAUGGCAUUUCUAUGGAGCAUCUAAGGUUUGCAGAUUUUUACAGCCUAUAUAUUUGUAACCUCUUGUCUGAUCAUCUGCACAGUUGCACUUGCAUGUGUGUGUUUGUUUUUGUCCUGUUUGUUGACAUUGGCUAAUUAAAACCAGUGAUCAGCACCUAUGCCAGCCACCAUCCUAAAGGUUUAAACCACCUCUUUUCUUAUGGCAAUCAUUAGGGAUGGCCAUUGGUGUGUUCACCAUCGAUGGCAAAACUGUGAAUGACCAUUGAUGGUCACCAACUAUGCUAUGGGUGACCAUCAAUGGUUUUACCCAUCGAUGGUCAUCCCUGUUAUUACAGUGAAUUACCUGUGGGCCAAUCACAGCCCAGGGGUGGGACUUUGUGGGUGUCAGGGGCGGAGCUAAGCUCCAUGUCCCGGUACCUUGCAAAUAAAACUACAAAAAUUUUUUUUUUAUGCUAAGCCAUUGAUGGGGGGAAACCAUCUGGUUCUCUCCCAUCGAUGGCAAAACCAUUCAACAUCAAUCUUAAACCAUUGAUAAUUAGAAACCAUUGAUGGUCAAUGGCCAUCCCUACAAUCAUUUUUUAUAUUUUUUUAUUUAUGUAUGCAAAUCAUUUAUGUAUGUAAUGAAUAUAUAUUUCCCUGUGAUAUACAAAUGACGUUACUAUACUGAAUGUGCAGUAACUGUAGUUUCUCUGACGUCCUAGUGGAUGCUGGGAA